UGUCCUCGGUGUACAGAACCCUGCUUGUCCUCGGUGUACAGAACCCUGCUUGUCCUCGGUGUACAGAGCCCUGCUUGUCCUCGGUGUACAGAGCCCUGCUUGUCCUCAGUGUAUAGAGCCCUGCUUGUCCUCAGUGUACAGAUCCCUGUCCUCAGUGCACAGACCCCUGCAUGUGCACUCACACUUCCUGUAUUUAGACUCCUCACAGAGACAGACAGGAGAUAGCUGUAGGGACAAACAUAUACACAUUUUGUAACCAAUGUAUAUUACAAAUAUGCAUAUAAUGGAAUUAUCUACAUUAUAUAUAAAAAAAAUUGUCAAUGACAGGUACACUUUAAUAAAAUAUAACAAAGAUGUAUUACUUUGGGCAUAGAGAUGCACUGGAGAAACUGAGAUUAUUUUCUUUUGAAAUUGAAUAACUUCCUGUCCAUGCCCUAUAAAUGUCUGGAUAUUUAUAUUUCAAACUUGUUUACAAUCUAAAUAUGUGAACUAUUCACGAAGCCGGUUGUUUACUAUUAUAUCAAUGUCCUUUUUAGUUUAGGAGACACAAGUCUUAUGCCGUAAUCCUCAGGAGAAUUCAAGAGAACAAAUAUAGAAUGUGAUUGGAAUUAUUCUCCCCACCACCAACUUUAUUGUUGAGCUAUGAAAUCAAAUAAAACGCUUGGCCACAAUUUAGCCACUUACCCUUUUUAUCGAAUAUGGUUUCUCAUACAAGUCCCUUUCUAGCAUCAUUAAGUCACUUGGCAGUCAAAAAGUAAAAAGAUAAAUCUAGAGCAAGACCAACAGACAGCUGUCAUAGUGUUACAGAUAGAAUGACUCACAUUGCUGAACCCUUUAGUCAUUGCCAGUGAAAUGAUCAUCUCACAUUUCAUACCAAGGAGAAAUGCAAUGUGGUUAGUGUAUGGGAAUUUAUUUUUUUAAAUCAUAAGGCCCAAUGCUUCGCUUGCCCUCCCCUAGGUCAUCUCACAUGACACAAGAUGUGGCUACUUAGCAUGUCUGGAAUGAGAGAGCACCUAUCUCCGUGUCUGAGCUCGGCCCAUAGAUGUUGGGUCCCAGGUUGGAACAUUACCUCAUCCAACCUUGCCAGAGACAGGGUAUAUAAAGCAGGACUGCACUGAACUUGGACACGAGGGAGCUAACUUGUCUUCAUUAAGGUUAACAUCAGGAAAGAACAUUUGAAGACUCACAGGCAAAAUGUUGCUGAAAGUAGAAGAACUGGUGACCGGAAAGAAAAGUGCAAACAAAGACACCGGAGACUUUGUGUCUGGAGAACAUGGAGUAUAUGAAAGGGCUGUAACCCUAGAGAAGCAAGACGACCUAAAGACAACUUCAAGAUCAUUGAUUGAUGAAGAGGAGGAGAGACAAGCAAAACAGAAACAGCUUAAGGCAGAGAUUCUUAAGAAGAAACUAAAUGAACGCCCAAAGCUUGAUAACUUGGAUGAUCUGCAAACUAUAAUAAAGCUGAGGAAACAAAAAAAAAGAUGUAAAAAAGUCAAAGUGCCGGUGGUGAAGGAACCCGAACCAGAACCAGUGGUUGAACAUGUGGAUAAAGAGACAUUCUUGAAGGCUGCUCUGGAAAACAAGAUGCCUAUAAUCGAGAAAUACUUGGCAGAAGGGGGUGAUCCGAAUGCCUGUGAUGAGUACAGACGCACUGCCCUGCACAGAGCAUGCUCAGAAGGACACCUUUCUAUUGUCGAGAAGUUAAUUGAAGCUGGAGCAGAUCUUGAAUUCCAUGACAUGCUUGAAUCCACAGCAAUCCACUGGACCUGUCGUGGUGGAAGUGUUGACGUUUUAAAACUACUGCUUAACAAAGGAGCGAAAAUUAAUGCAAAAGAUAAGUUGUUAAGUACUCCCCUACACGUUGCAGUAAGAACAGGACAGUAUGACUGCGCAGAACAUCUCAUUGCAUGUGAAGCAGACAUAAAUGCCAAAGAUCGGGAAGGAGACACACCAAUGCAUGAUGGCGUGAGACUAAAUCGCUACAAAAUGAUGAGGCUCUUGAUCCUGUAUGGCGCCAAUUUGACUGUUAAAAAUUGUGCGGGGAAGACACCAAUGGAGCUCGCCCUCCAGUGGCAGAAUGGAGUAAAAGAGAUAUUCAGUGGCCUUCAGGACAAGUCAUACAAGGGCUCUGACAUGCAGAAAUUCUGACAGAGUUGCCAAACCACAUCAAUCUGAGAUGGCAUUCGCCAGGCACUUUUUUAACUUUUUUUUGCUACAUGCUUUGAGAUAGGACUAUUCCAUAUUAUUUAUUUGAAACUUCUUGCACUUUUCAAUGUUUUAUUAUAUUUAUGUACUUUUUUUUUUUUAAAUUACUUUUGUGCUUUAUACUAAUUCCAUGAAGGCAAAAAAUUUUGUGUCUGAGAUAACAAAAAAAAAAAAAGACACCUUUGUUGCCUGACUGAUACAGUUCUACUGACAUAUGCAGAUAUGUUAUGUGUAUGAGUAAAUGCUCCACACUAUGGGAUUUAACCAAUGUGUUGGACUAUAAAGACAUGACUAACAGCGGGUAAAGCCAGGAUGUAUUCCUGGCCGUAUGUUUAGAAAUGUAACGCUUCUGCAAGGGGUCAGGCCCAAUUUAUUUGUGGCUUCCUACCCGGCGAAGUUACUUAACCUAUAACAGAGACAAACAAUGUUGAUAAGCAGAGGGGUGCUAUCCACUGAGCCAGUGAUUCUACGUCAUGGAGAACAUCUUAACGCAGCUUCGGUCUUACUCAUGAAAUAUACUUUAGAGUUUGAAUAGAAGCACCAGAUGUGUCCAGGAGAACACCAAGGUGGACUAAGACAGAGACAAGAUAAUAUAUUUUCUUGUCUUAUUAACCCCUAUAUGUAGCUUGCGAGGAAGGCAAUUGUGUCACAAGCACCAUUCUUGGGGACAGUGUAGUAAAAGGAUACAUUUCUCCAGUUUCCAAGAAUAAAAUUUGGUAGACCCUACCAGUGUAGCCUUAAGAAAUCAAGUAUGCAGUCUAAAAGAAACACUUUGGGCAAUGCCAUGUCUUAGGUCUAUUCAGAGCUCAAGUCCUGCAGGAACGCAUGGGAAUAGAGUUCCUGCACUUUUUCACAGAAGAAACACUGUUCCCAUUAGCUGGAGUCCUGCAGGACCAGCCCUUGAAUGGAAAUCUUGGGUGAGUUCCCACACUUUUUUUUUUCCACAGGACUUGAUCCCUGUGUCUAGUAGGUGCAAAAAGAAAUCCCUUUUGGGUUUCUUUGAAUCACUGUAUCAUGCACCUCCCCACGAAGCCCUGCAUCUUGCAUAAGACAUUGUAUGCGCUUUGCCUUAAAGGGUCACUCUCAUUAAAACUAAUUUUAGCUAUUGCACUCCUUAUGGUAAA